AUGCUAACAACAAAAGCGCGUGGAUUGGGUUUGCUUCUUAUCUCACAUUGCGUUUAUGUGGCAGAGCCUCUUUCGGCGAUACUAUUAUUAUCAUGGCUGCACGUCAAGGAUGUCAUUGUACUACACUUUCCUGUGGAGCUCUACAUGUUGUGCCCGGGGACAGUGCGACUCAUGUUGCGGCCUCAGGGAUUUAAAAAUGCAUCCUCUGUUCGCACGGCUCCAUCGUUUUACGGCUAUUGA